AUGCCAUUAACAAAUGGAACGACGAAGGAGGUUCGAGUGAGCCUACUCGGGAAAGAAAGUAUCAUAAUCAAUUUCGGUCUGUGGCGCAACUAUGUCGCUUCUGAUCUCCUUGACAACCUUGAGUCAUCCACCUAUGUCUUGAUCACGGACACAAACAUCGGCGGUCUUUACACGGAGUCUUUCUCAAAAGCCUUCGAAGCUGCGAGUUCGAAGAAAUCAAAUCCCCCACGCUUGCUGGUCCAUGAGAUCCCUCCUGGAGAAAGCUCAAAAUCACGGCAAACCAAGGAUGACAUCGAAGAUUGGCUUCUGAGUCAGAGCCCGCCAUGUGGCCGAGACACAGUUAUCAUUGCCCUCGGAGGUGGUGUCGUUGGUGAUCUGACUGGGUUCGUUGCUGCGACCUAUAUGCGUGGAGUACGAUUUGUCCAGGUGCCAACAACCCUGCUCGCCAUGGUCGACUCCGCCAUUGGAGGCAAGACGGCUAUCGACACUCCUCUUGGCAAGAAUCUAGUCGGAGCCAUAUGGCAACCUCAGAGGAUCUAUAUUGAUCUCGAUUUCCUCGGGACUCUUCCUAGACGUGAGCUCAUCAAUGGUCUGGCAGAGGUGAUCAAGACUGCAGCAAUUUCUGAUGAGAACGAAUUCAUUGCCCUGGAGACCAACUCCGACAGAAUCAUGGCUGCGGUCAAUGGUGAUAUCAACCAAGGUGCAGCGAGAUUCAAGGACAUUGAACCUAUCCUGAUCAGAGUCAUAUCUGCCUCGGCAAAGUUCAAAGCACAUGUCGUCACAAUUGACGAGCGUGAGAUGGGUUUGAGAAAUCUGCUGAACUUCGGGCACUCCAUAGGACAUGCGAUGGAGGCUUUCUUAACGCCUCAAGUCCUCCACGGCGAAUGUGUUUCGAUUGGUAUGGUCAAGGAAGCCGAGCUCGCUCGCUAUCUCGGCGUGCUCAGUGGAGUCGCAGUCGGACGAUUACAGAAGUGUCUAACAGCUUAUGGUCUGCCCACACGUCUUGAUGAUGAGAAGAUUCGAAAAUUGUCCGGUGGCAAGAUCUGCACUGUGGAUGGCAUGUUGAAAAAGAUGGGUGUCGACAAGAAAAACGAUGGCGCAAAAAAGAAGGUCGUUUUGCUUUCUGCGAUUGGGAAAACUCAUGAACAAAAAGCAAGUGUGGUAUCUGACUCUGACCUCCGCGUGGUAUUGUCUCCCAGCGUGGACGUCAUUCCCGGAGUCCCUCAAGAUCUGAAUGUUAUUUGUGCUCCGCCAGGAUCAAAAAGUAUUUCAAACAGAGCAUUGGUUCUGGCCGCCUUAGGCAAGGGAACCUGCCGGGUCAAGAAUCUCCUCACAUCUGCCGACACAGAAGUCAUGCUUGAAGCCUUGACCAGAUUAGGAGCUGCAACGUUUUCCUGGGAAGAGGAUGGAGAAGUCUUGGUUGUGAAUGGUAACGGUGGUAAGCUCCACGCCAGCCAGACGGAACUUUAUCUCGGAAACGCUGGUACCGCCGCCAGGUUCUUGACUACAGUUGUAACACUCACUCGAUUAAGCCAUGUCAGCUCAACGGUGCUCACUGGAAAUGCUCGCAUGAAACAACGUCCUAUUGGAGACCUGGUCGAUGCUCUUCAGACAAAUGGAGCCGGAAUAGAGUAUCUCGAGACUCCUGGCUGCCUACCGUUGAAUAUAACAGCAUCGGGGGGCUUUAAUGGUGGUGAGAUCAAACUCGCGGCAAAGGUCUCGUCACAGUAUGUCUCAUCACUUCUGAUGUGCGCACCAUAUGCCAAGAAACCAGUAACCCUGAAGCUUGUUGGAGGCAAACCCGUGUCUCAGCCCUAUAUCGACAUGACGAUUGCCAUGAUGGCAAGUUUUGGUAUUGCGGUGCAAACAUCAAAGACUGAAGAGCACACAUAUCACAUCCCUCAAGGAAACUACGUUAAUCCAGAGGAAUAUGUGGUUGAAAGUGAUGCGAGCUCUGCAACUUAUCCAUUGGCAAUUGCUGCCAUCACUGGAACGACAUGCACAAUCCCAAAUAUCGGGUCUGCAUCUCUUCAAGGAGAUUCACGAUUUGCAACUGAUAUACUGAGGCCCAUGGGAUGUCACGUCAAGCAGACUGAGACCUCUACCACUGUGACAGGUCCCUCCACUGGUGUUUUACUACCACUCCCAAAUGUUGAUAUGGAGCCAAUGACGGAUGCUUUCCUCACAGCGUCAGUCCUGGCGGCAGUGGCCCAAGGAGGCAAGUCGAACACAACUCGCAUUUAUGGGAUUGCAAACCAACGCGUAAAAGAAUGCAACCGUAUUCAAGCAAUGGAAGACGAAUUAGCCAAGUUUGGCGUGACAUGUAGGCAGUUCGACGAUGGUAUCGAGGUGGACGGCAUCGAUCGAUCAAAGUUGACGCAACCAAAGGCAGGCGUUCAUUGUUAUGAUGAUCACCGAGUCGCAAUGAGUUUCAGUGUUCUUGCUCUGGCCGCACCUCAAUCCAGUCUUAUUCUUGAGAAGGAGUGUACAGGGAAAACAUGGCCAGGAUGGUGGGAUACACUCACGCAACAGUUCGCAGUCAAGCUGGAGGGCAAAGAACUGGAGACUGUGGUCACUCAUUCCAAGAAAAAGCUUGACAGAGCAGCGGCAUCUAUCUUCAUCAUUGGUAUGAGAGGUGCUGGGAAGACUACAUCCGGCAGAUGGGCCUCUCGUUCUUUGGGCAAGAAGUUGAUAGACCUCGACACGGAGCUCGAGGCUCGUGAGAAAGCCACGAUACCAGAGAUCAUUCGCCAACACGGUUGGGACCAUUUCCGAGCUCGUGAACUGGCCUUGCUGAAGUCUGUGGUCAAGGAAAAGCCUACCGGUCAUAUUUUCGCAUGUGGCGGGGGAAUAGUGGAGACCCCUGAAGCUCGAAAGCUGCUGGUCGACUAUCAUCAGAAGGCAGGACACGUACUGCUGGUAGAACGCAACAUCAACGAGGUCAUCGACUUCUUACAGAUCGAUAAGACGCGACCAGCUUAUGUUGAGGACAUGAUGGGUGUCUGGCUGAGAAGAAAGCCAUGGUUCGAACAAUGCAGCAACAUCCUCUACUACAGCCAGAGUAUUCCCAACGAGCAAAUGUCCGAAGCUGCCGAAGACUUUGAUCGCUUUCUACAAAUGGUCAGUGGCAAGAUUGAUACGCUUGCGAAUCUCAAACGCAAGCCUGAGUCUUUCUUCGCAGCAUUGACUUUCCCCGACCUCCGGCCUCACCUUAAGAUUCUUCCAGAGAUCUGCCUAGGCUCUGAUGCGGUGGAACUUCGUGUUGACCUUCUCAAAGACCCUCAAUCCACCAGUGGCAUCCCUUCGCAGGAAUAUGUCACUUCCCAGCUCUCCCUUCUCCGCGCGACGGUCCCUCUGCCAGUAGUUUUCACCAUCCGAACCACUGCACAAGGAGGAAAAUUUCCCGACACAGCUCACGAUGAAUACCUUGAGUUGAAUUCGCUUGCCAUCCGCAUGGGAAGCGAAUUCGUCGACCUCGAGGUUGGAUCAUUCCCAGAUGGAAUCCUCAACAAACUCCAUGAGCUCACGAGUGACAGCCAUACCAAGGUCAUCGCUUCACAUCACGAUCCACAGGGCAGACUCUCCUGGUCUAAACCAGGUUCUUGGAUUCCCAUCUACAAUAAAUGCUUACAGUAUGGCGAUGUGGUGAAGCUUAUCGGUAUUGCUUCCUCCAUCGACGACAACUUUGCAUUGCGACGCUUCAAACAAUGGUCAGCAUCACAGCACUCUGAUCUCCCCCUCAUCGCGAUCAACAUGGGCCGAGCAGGUCAAGUUUCACGCAUCCUGAACGGCUUCAUGACGCCAGUCUCACACCCAGCACUGCCGUUCAAGGCAGCACCAGGGCAGCUGUCAUCAGCCGAGAUCCGCCAGGGUCUUUCCCUCAUGGGCGAAAUCGUACCAAAGCAGUUCUACCUCUUCGGCUCACCAAUCUCAGCCAGCAAAUCACCUAUCCUGCACAACACCUUGUUCGGAGAGACGGGUCUUCCACACAAGUAUUCCCUGUGCGAGACGACAUUGAUAGAAGAGAUCAGAGAAAGAAUCCGGGCGGAAGACUUCGGCGGCGCCAGCGUCACGAUUCCCCUGAAGCUAGAUGUGAUGGGUCUGCUCGACGUGAUCGACGCACCAGCACGGCUGAUCGGCGCAGUCAACACGAUCGUCCCCGUCAUCGAUCCAAAGACAGGCAAGAAACUCCUCGAGGGCCGCAACACCGAUUACCUUGGCAUGGGCGACUGUCUACGCGCAGCGGGCGCCAGCGCAGCUCUCGGCGACGGCCCACAGUCCGGCCUCGUCAUCGGCGGCGGCGGUACCGCCCGCGCAGCCAUUCAGACCCUGUACAGCAUGGGCUACGGCCCGAUAUACCUGAUCGCACGGAACAAGGGCAAGCUCGCGGAGCUCAAGGCCACCUUCCCGCCUUUCUACAACCUGCAUGUCCUCGACGCGGAGGACAAAGCGUCCUUGGAGCCGCUGACGCGCAGUCCGCCCAGCGUCGCCAUCGCCACCAUCCCCGCCAACCUGCCUAUUGAUCCCGCGUUAGGAGCAGCUCUGCACGUCCUCUUCGCGGCAUCGAAGAAAUUGCAGAAAUCUGGCGCAGGUGUUCCCACUCUGCUCGAGAUGGCAUACAAGCCGGCCCACACCGCUGUCAUGGCAAUGGCGGAGGAAGUCGGUGGUUGGAGUACCGUGCAGGGCCUUGAGACACUCGUCACGCAGGGCUUGUGGCAGUCCGAAUACUGGACUGGCAUUAGAGUCAGAGGUGUCGGUCAGCGUAUUGCAAGGGAAGUCGUCUUAGGACCCGGUGCAUGA